AUGUUUCUCUACAAAGAAUUCCAAGCAGUCGUUCUUGCUGGUGGAGUAGGAUCUCGAAUGACUGAACUUACUUAUGGACAAUAUAAAUGCUUAUUGCCAAUUGGAAAUGUACCAAUGCUUUGGUAUCCUCUUCAGUUGUUGGAACGUGCUGGUUUUAAAGAAGCCAUUGUUGUUGUAUCAGAGAAUAUGGAAACCAAUGUGUCAUUAGCCUUGAACAAAUUGAAUCUUAAGAUUAAGAUAGACGUUGUCCCAGUUGAGGAUGCGGAAGACCUUGGAACCGCAGACUCAAUUAGACUUAUUCACGAGAAGAUUCACACUGAUUUUCUAGUGAUCUCCUGCGAUUUGAUAACGAACGUUGAUAUAGGCGAAAUUUUAAAUUUGUAUAGGAAACACAACGCCAGCAUCACUGCACUGAUGCUGCCAGCGCCUAAGCUACCAGACGAUUUUGUCACUCCAGGGCCGGAAAACAAGCAGAAACCUGAGACUGAUUUAAUUGGUAUCGACAAUGAAACGGGACGUUUAGUUUUCCUGGCUUCUGCCUCGGAUUUCGAGGAAACUAUUAACAUUUCUCAAGCGCUCCUUCGAAAGCACACCAGUUUCACUAUCCACUCAAAGUUAUUGGACGCCCAUUUAUAUGUUUUCAAUAAGUGGGUCUUAGAUUUCUUAGUGCACAAUAAGAAUUUUAGUACACUGAAAGGUGAACUUCUUCCAUAUAUUGUCAGUAAACAAUUGGCUAAGCCUCCCAAGCAAUGCGUGGAUGAUAAAAAUACGUCGAUAGUACGGGUGAAUUUAAAGGAAGACAUCUUCCGUUUUGCUGUUGAGAAACCACUAGACGAAUUAAUCAGGAAAAUGUCGGCGUACAAUGACCAUAGCACUGAUUUAGAGGACGCAUAUCAUGGUGACAUAGUGAAGUGUUACGCUCAUAUUGUUAAUGAUAAAUUUGGACUCAGAGCUAACACUAUACAAAUGUACCAUUUCGCUAAUUCCAAGAUAUCAGAGUGGUGGAGUAAUGACGAUAUAGAGCAAUCUAAUAUCCCGAGCAUUUCAGCCACAGCUACAAUACGUAGUACACAAAUGCAAGAUUGUCGUGUAGAUGAUAAUACUAUCGUAGACGAAAAAACAUCCCUUAAACAAAGUCAUUUUGGACCAAAUGCAGUUGUUGACUCAAAGACUAGAGUAUCUCAGAGUGUUAUAAUGGACAAUGUAACGAUUAAGCAGAGAUGUGUGAUACAUAAUUGUAUAUUGUGUAAUGGCUGUGUCAUCGAAGAGGGUACAGAAUUGAAAGAUUGCGUAGUUGGUCCUCAACAUAUUGUAACAAGUGGAAGUCAACAUUCUCGUGAAGUUCUCACCGACGCUGACAAGCUCAUAGAAAUUGAAUAAUUGAACAAAACAUAUUAUUUAGUUAUUUAAACUUUAAACAAUAAAG